AUGGCAUCUCUCCCGCCAAGCGUUGCUAAGUCCUUAGCAGAGACCAAGGUCGAUUACCGACUCCUAGGAGCAAGCGGUUUGCGCGUGUCAGUUCCAAUUGUGGGAUGCAUGAGCAUUGGCAACCCAGAAUGGGCGAACUGGGUGAUAGGGCCAGAAAAGGCGCUUCCUUUACUAAAAGCUGCGUACGAUCGCGGCGUUAACACUUGGGAUACAGCGAAUGUAUACUCGAAUGGUGAUUCGGAGCGAGUGAUCGCCCAAGCGAUCAAGAAAUACAAUAUCCCAAGACACAAACUGGUGCUGAUGACAAAAGCUUGGAGCUGCGUGGGAGAGGAACAGUUCCACGCAUAUCCCAUCUUGAGCGAACUAAGACGAACAAAAGAUUACGUCAACCAGUUUGACCUCUCGAGAUCAGCCAUAUUUACUGCGGUGAACAACUCCCUUGAGCGCCUAGAGACGGAUUACAUUGAUGUUUUCUGGAUUCACCGUUUUGACCCCUACACCCCGAUUGAAGAGACCAUGCGUGCUCUUCAUGAUCUCGUUACCGCUGGGAAAAUUCGCUACCUAGGCGCUUCCUCGAUGUGGACAUACCAAUUCGCAAUGAUGCAGUUCUGCGCUGAAAAGAACGGGUGGACCAAGUUCGUUGCUAUGCAAAAUCGCUAUAGUUUACUGUAUCGCGAGGAAGAGCGGGAGAUGAAUAAAUAUUGCAACGCAACCGGCGUCGCCAUCGUUCCGUGGGGUCCGCUUGCUGAAGGACAACUUGCCCGUCCUUUAAAGGCCCGAGGAACUACCGCUCGCUCCGAUAAUAACGACGAAAGCAUACGUCCGGAAUCGGUGGAAAUCAUUAGCCGAGUUGAAGAGCUUGCUACGAAGAAAGGGUGGACUAUGAGUCAAGUUACGUUGGCAUGGAUGCUUAAGAGAGUCACAAGCCCAAUCAUUGGCUUUAGCAGCGUCGAAAGAAUCGACGACGCUCUCUCUGUGCGCGGCAAGCAACUCACUGAGGAGGAAGAAAGAUACCUGGAGGAGCCGUACACCCCAGUGGAGGUCAACAGCCAUUUCUGA